AAACUUUCUUAACUUUCUUAACUGAUUUCUGAUCCAGAAAUGGAAACCAUACGCAACAGGAACCCUCCACGAGUUAAAUAUACGGCUCCCCCGAAAGCCGAUUCCAAUUCGGAACUGAAGUACACCGAGGAUGAGAAGAAGACGAUUACCGAACUGAAGCAGCUCUAUUUGGAGACAAUCACUUUAGAUUGUGCUCUGCAGCGCGAUAUUUAUAACAUGGAGAAGGACUACGAGGUGAAGCACAAUGUCAUCUUCGAUAAGCGCAAGAAGAUCCUGGAUGAAUUUAGGAAGCAAAACUAUGGUGAUUCGGAACCGAAUCAAAGUGUUCCUAACUUUUGGUUAAAGGUGCUCAAGGCCUCUUAUACAGAGUUCAUUAGCAAGAAAGACGAAAAAAUUUUGGAGUGCUUGUGCGACGUACGCUCCAAACUGCACAACAAUCCGGUGGUGAAGUUCGACAUUGAGUUCCACUUUGAUCCCAACGAUUACUUCACCAACACUGUGCUGACCAAGACGUACUUCCUCAACUGCCUGCCGGAUCCGGAUGAUCCACUAUCCUACGACGGCGCCGAGAUCUACAAAUGCGAGGGCUGUAAAAUCGAUUGGAAGCAGGCCAAGGACCGUGGUAAUAAGGGCCCACAUGACCAGCCAUCGUUCUUUGACUUUUUCUCGCCGCCUGUGCUGCCUGACGACACCGAGGAUCCCAAUUACUGCGAUAUCAAUGCCGUACUGCAAAACGACUUUGAACUGGGCUUUUACCUGAAGGAGCGCGUGAUUCCCAAGGCGGUGAUCUUCUUCACCGGCGAGAUAGCCGAUUGUCAGAGUUCCAGCGAAUCGGAACCGGAUACAGAUACCGAUGACGACUCGGAUGCCGAAGAAGAGGAGUCCUCCAAUGGCACCGACAAGUAGACUGCGCACUUUACACUUUUCGUUGUUUUUUUUAGAAUUUAUAUAAAUUUCUAGCAACGACACACCGAACACCCAAACAUUUGUCUGUCCUUACAUGCUAAAGAGCUACCAAAUAAACAUUUCAUUGUACAUACAUAUACCAAA